ACUGGUUGGUUGGCUUGCUCAGUUGGGGGAGACUGGCUGGCGCAAGAUGGCUGUAGAUAUUCAGCGAGACUGCCUUGGACUGUAUUGUGGAAGAACAGUGGAAAUAAUAAACGGGACUGAAAUUCACGGUGAUUGUGGGGUGUGUCCAAGAGGACAAAGAACAGACAUCCACAAAAUCUGUCGGGAAUGUGUGGGAUCUCCAGAACACUAUGAUUGGCUUUACCUCGGCUUUAUGGCAAUGCUUCCUUUGAUCCUGCAUUGGUUCUUCAUUGAAUGGUAUUCGGGGAAAAAGAGCUCCAGUGCGCUGUUCCAGCACAUCACUGCCUUAAUUGAAUGUAGCGUGGCAGCAAUUGUUACUCUGCUUGUGAGUGACCCCAUGGGCUCUCUGCAUAUCCGGUCUUGCAAGGUGUUAAUGCUUUCUGACUGGUACACCAUGCUUUACAAUCCUAGUCCUGAUUACGUUACCACUAUUCACUGUACCCAUGAAGCAGUCUAUCCUCUGUACACCAUUGUGUUUAUAUACUACGCCUUCUGUUUGGUGUUGAUGAUGAUGCUUCGACCCCUUCUGGUAAAGAAGAUUGCUUGUGGGCUAGGAAAGUCCGAUCGAUUUAAGAGCAUUUAUGCAGCUCUUUACUUCUUCCCCAUCCUUACCGUGCUUCAGGCGGUUGGAGGAGGCUUGCUGUAUUAUGCUUUCCCUUACAUCAUCAUAGUGUUAUCGCUUGUUACCUUGGUUGUGUAUCUAUCAGCUUCUGAAGUAGAAACUUUCAAAGAUCUCCUUGUCAGGAAGAAAAGGCUUAUCGUUCUGUUUAGCCAUUGGCUGCUGCAUGCCUACGGAAUCAUCUCCAUUUCCAAGCUGAACAACGUUUACCAGGACUUGCCUCUCUUGGCUUUGGUGCCUACACCUGCCCUCUUUUACUUGCUUACUGCAAAGUACACCGAACCUUCCCGGAUUCUCUCUGAGGGAGCAAAUGGGCGUUAACUGUAGCUGAUGUCAAUCCGGGCAAGUAGCAGUCCCGGAUGUGUCGAGCUUCUCAGAUCCGUCCUCUGUCGUCGUCCUCUUAUAGGAAGUUGUCAGUUCUCUAUGGACACGACUCCCUAGGAAGACGGCUUCACUCCUACACCAGCUGCAAGGCAGAUUCUGGCCUCUUGAACAACUUACGGAUGUGCUGCGCAUGACAUGGCCUCAACUGCUUUCUCAGCCGCCGGAGCCGAAGGCCCCGUUGGCUUGAAUGGUGAAGAAGAACCCGGGCCUGCCCCCUCUGUGUAUGAUUGUCAAUGACGUAUGGACAUGAAACGUUUUGUACAGCAUACUUGGAAACAGUAACGUAUUUAUUUCACAACGCGGUGUUAAACACAUCUUUCAAUAAGGAUAAGUAGUAGUUUCAGUGUUCUAGUUUCAGUCCACGGUCCUUGUAGUCUUUUUGUUCCUAGAUAAGAAGUUUGGGGGGGGGAAUUAGCUAUUUAAAGAAUACUGUACAAAUACUCUUAUCAAGUUACGUAAGAGCAACGAGAUGGUGUCAACCAUUCACAUCAAGAAGGUCUGCCUAAGAAAUGAUUCCCUGUGAAUCGUGCCCUUUCAGGCACCCAUCAACUUGGAGAGGAGAGAAUGGACAUCCCUUCCCUCUUCCGCAAUAAAUACCUUUCACCAAAUUUCCAUUAGCAUUUGUUAAGCAGCGGCAAAACUCUCCAGGCUUAAGCCUGUUAAGAGUUGAUGUACGUGCAAAGAAGGGUUGUGAGCAAAUGAACAAGGGGCUGCACGAACCUUGCCUGUCCUUUUUUAAAAAAAACGUUCCUAGACCACAGAUUCCAUUUCUCCAAAACUGAGCCUCCAUAUUCCACUCGCGUUUCGUUUGAAUCCACCAGUGUGUAGUUUAGAUGCAAGCAGCUGUCAGGAAAUGGCCUCUGCUUUGUGCCUCUUCUCCUACCUAAGCAAAGCCAUGACUGCCCAUCUUAGGAAGGUGUCCUGAGUACAGGACAUCCCCCCCCACCCCCCACCCCGGAGUGUGCCAGGUCAUCUUCCCAUUCGGGUGGGCUUCCCUGAGUUGUCCGUCAUCCAUCCUCCUGUUCUCCGAGAUAAAAUGAUGAUUCCAAAUAGUUUUGGUCUUCAUGAUAACAUCUUUGCAUGGAUCUCUAAGUGCAUGGAUCUCCAAGUGGAAAUUGUGGCUUGUUCACGUUUUACGCUGACUAGAUGCUAUGUUUUUGUUUGGUUUUACCUUGUACUGCUUACCUUUCUCACCCCCUUGGUUGUCAUUUUUAAAUAAAACCUUUAUGACUGGAGAA